CCACUUUAACAAGAAUAGCCUCAUCCUCUGUGCUGACACUGUAUCACAGAUUCUUCCUAGCUACAGUGUGCCAUUGGCCUCAUUCUGACGGGUCUUGGCACAUUACAAGAGGCAGGGCUCAUGUGUAAUGCACGUCAGGGGGAGGAAUGGCUUACAUAACUGGGACAGAUUUAGCAGAAGGAGAGGAGGCAGAGACUGGGAUGGGAGCAGUAAGCUGUCGGCAGGGGCAACACACCCGUGUGGCUGCUCCUCGCAAGCAAGGUGGCAACAUCCAGGGCUCCUGGAGCCUAGGCUGGAAGUGCCUCUGGUCAGAAAUGGGUCCCAUCAGAUCAGGUCUGGAAGAGCUGUGGGAACUACGGGGGCAUCAGUGCCUGCAACCAAAGUCCCUAGAGCCAGCCCCACUGCUAGAGAAGCCUCUGUCUGAAUGGCCUGUGCCUCAGUUCAUCAAUCUCUUUUUACCGGAAUUUCCUCUGAGGCCCAUUAGGGGGCAGCAGCAUCUGAAGAUUUUAGGCCUUGUAGCCAAAGGCUCCUUUGGAACUGUCCUGAAGGUGCUAGAUUGUGCCAGGAAGUGUGUAUUUGCGCUGAAGGUGGUGCCCAAGGUAAAAGUCCUGCAGAGGAACACCUUGAGGCAGUGUAAAGAGGAGAUUAAUAUCCAGCGACACAUCAGUCAUCCUUUCAUACACAGCUUGGGGGACAGCUGGCAAGGAAAACGGCACCUCUUCAUUAUGUGUAGCUACUACAGCACAGAUCUGUACUCCCUGUGGUCAGCUGUUGGCUGCUUUCCUGAGCUUUCCAUCCGUCUGUUUGCUGCUGAGCUGGUCCUGGUGCUGUGCUAUCUCCAUGACUUGGGCAUCAUCCACCGAGAUGUGAAGAUGGAGAAUAUCCUUCUGGAUGAACGAGGUCAUCUGAAACUAACAGACUUUGGUCUGUCCCGCCAUCUACCCCGUGGAGCCCAAGCUUAUACCAUCUGUGGUACUCUUCAGUACAUGGCACCAGAGGUCCUGAGUGGAGGGCCUUACAACCAUGCUGCUGAUUGGUGGUCCCUGGGUGUCUUGCUUUUCUCCCUGGCAACUGGAAAGUUCCCAGUAGCUGCAGAGAGAGAUCAUGUGGCCAUGUUGGCAAAUGUGACCCACUGUGACUCUGAGAUCCCAGCGUCUCUUAACCAGGAGCUCUCACUUCUACUUCAUGAGCUCUUAUGCCAGAAUCCCCUCCACCGGCUACGUUAUCUACAUCAGUUCCAGACCCACCCUUUCUUUCGGGGUGUGGCAUUUGACCCAGAGCUCCUACAGAAGCAACCAGCAGACUUUGUCAUGGAAACACAAGUUACACAACCUAAUCCAUUGGAGUUCAUGCCCUUUAAGGACUUUGACUGCGAUCUGGAAUCGUUCCUGGCAAACCUCAUCCAUGCUUGACCCUCCACUCAUGCUUGGACUGCUGCUAGAUUGGGGCCAGCUGAGAAAAUCGAGUUUUUUAUUUUGUAGCCCCUUGCCAUUUUAUUCAAAGUGUUGGAGCCAGAUCUAAGUCAUUCUGCUGUUGGUAGCCACAGCUGGUCUUAGCCUUUCCCCAACACACAGCACAUCUCUCAGUUCACUUGUCAGAUGAGGGUGGAAACCUUUUCCUUGGCUUUAUUUCUUGCUCUUAUCCUCAAGUAGCUGAAAUUGGCUUCUAUUUUUCCUUCUCCUUAUGUCUCUGCCGUGUUUCCUUUCUUGGGCAGUAGUAACACUUAAUAGGUCCCAAGAUGCUAUUUAUGCGUUAAUUGGCUGACUGGAAACUAUGAAUAUCUUCCAAAGAUCUCAAAAGCUCUCAUUUUUAAACCCCUAAAUUUGCACUAAAAAAUUGUGAUCUUGGAGCCCCAGACCAGUCUUUAAUCAGUAUAAUUUUUAAGAAUUAGAAAGUGAAUCCAGUAGCCUAGUGUGAGGAAGAAAACAAACAUAAAAGAAAAAUAUAGCUGAUUUAAAUAUGUUCUCUAGGGGUAAUUAGAACAGCUAUAUAAAUUUUUGCUAAACCUCCUUGAAAGACACAGGAUUCUGUUCCUAAUGGACAAGCAAUUCAGAGGACAUGAACCCCAAGAUUAAAGGUUACAAAUAUAGCUCAAGAAGCAUUUAUUUUGUAAGAAAAAUCCUUUGGACCUUGAGUUUGUAUACAUUUCUAGGUUACAUGACUUUCAUGCUUUCUUUUUAUUUACUAUUUCUUUUUAAUGUCUUUAACUGCUCAAAAACUUAAUUUGUGUUCUGAAGUUUAGGGGGAUAAUUUUUAUUUUUAUGGUAGGCUUUUUUUACCUUAUAGCUAGCUAGCAUUUUGCUAACCUCUUCAGAGUUGCUUUACCUAGUUUGUACUUUGGCCAUCCAUCAAAAUCUAUGAAACUUAAUAGCUGUGGAUACUCUAAAAGGAUGUGUUCAUAAUAUUGAAGGGUGCAUGGGCAUUUUCUUUGGGCCUAGUUGUGCUUUUCCUUAAUUGCUGUUUGAUUCUUACUUUAAGGAAUUUAGAUAUUCAACUGAUUGAGGUUUACUCUUUGUAUUAAUGCUAGACCACUUAGUACCUGACCCAUGGUCUACCUCUAGGAAGUAUUUAACAUGUAUACUAGUUAUGCUUUUGGUUCUAGCUCCCUGUCUUUAUUUUCCUUCUUCUCAUUUUUAAAUUUUAAUCUUUUUAGAUUACUAUGUUAUCAAUGUCUUUGUACAUCUUUUUUGUAAUAAGAUUGGGAUCUAAAUAAAUAGAAUGUAUUCUUAAUUGUUUCAUCUCAUAGGUUUCUCUUUACAUACUUUAUAAUAUUAUUAUUAUUGGUAAGUUGUAACCAGAAUUGCACACUGGAUAAAAAUCCUGAAUACUAAACAGGAAUUGAUGAUUUCCAGAAUAAUAGAAAACAUUAGAUUAGAAUUUAGAAUUGGUGCCUAGAUCCAACAAUUAUGUCAAUGUCUUUAAAUAAGGCAUUUCAAAUUUUCUGGAUUAUUGUUUUCUUGUGGUAUAAAAUCAGGGGUCUACAACCACUGGUGGAUAACUGUGAAAAUGGGGUUCAGGUUUCUGUGAUGCUUUUUCAAAGGGCACAUGCAGAGAGGCUUUUAUUAUCCUGUGUGCAUGGCUCAAUGUUAAUGUCAUGAGGGUUUUUUUCAUAGGACCAAGUUUCAUAAAGUAAAUUUUGAAAAAGAUUUUCUCCAUUCAGAAUCACUUACCUAUGUACAUAAUACCUAUCACUUACUCCCCUGAAAUACACAUAGCAUUUGUUAAUAUACACUCUGAAAUGAUAUUUUAGCCCUAUGCUUUGAUUUUUUACUACGUAAAAGAAACCGGAUAAACAUGUAAACAUGGAUGUUUUACUGUAUAUAAGUAAAAACUGGAAAUUAGUCAAUACUAAUCCUUUUAUUCUUCUGGAAAAGUCUUUGUAGUUCAUUGUUUUAACCUCUAAUGUAAGUUAUUUUUAUAUUGUAUAUGUAAUUUGUAAUCUCAAUUCCUUGGUUGCUUCAAAUAAUGUCUUCAAUGUAGAAAUACUGUCAAAGCUUUUUUAAAAAAAUAAAUCAGUCACAUACACUGAAUUAUUAACCCUUUUGAUGGGCUGAAUUGUGUCAAUUGUGUUUUUCCUGCGCACACAAUUUUUUAAACACAAUUUAUUUACUUAUUUGGGAGUCUGAGUUAGGGGGAAACAUGGAUCUUGUAUC